AAUCCACUAAUUUCACCAUCACAAACACUUGCAAAUUGCAAUUAAUUACCAAAAGUAAUUAGCCAUGGGGAAUAUUUCACUUGUUGCUGCUCUUUUAUUGUGCUUGUUAGCAUUCGCAAAUGCUAACACGUUCUCCGUUACAGUAUCUGUGACGGAGAACGACAAUCCACAAAGCUGUCAAGAGCAGAUUCAGAGUCAGAGACUCAAUCACUGCAGGAUGUAUAUUUCAAGAAGCCACCAAUACUUUAACGACGAGUUGAGCAUGGUAACAGAUGACGAUCAUGAGAUCAACCAAACCCAAGAACAUCUCCAACAAUGUUGCCAAGAAUUGAGGAACAUGGACACUCAAUGCCGAUGCCCGGCGCUUAAGAAAAUGGUGAUGCAGGAUUGCGGUAGACAAGGCGAAGAGGCGCAACGUAUGUUAGGGAAAGCUCGUUAUAUUCCGCGUAUGUGUAACAUUCAACCCGCUCAAUGUAGCUUCUAAUUGAUAUAGAAGCUCGAUCAGUAUAAAAAAUUACGUUGAAAGUACUAUAAUAAUGAACACACAAUCGUGUGUAUGUAUGGGAAUUAAGCAAGGGUUAAUUUGGUUUUAUCUUAUGGGAAAUGAAAGAGACUUGAGACUUGUUUUA